AUGCUGCGUUAAAGUCUAAAGCGGCUUUUAGUUCAAAAAAAUCCCACCCUGGAAGAUCGAGAACUCGUUUGCUUGUUGCUAGAAGACUACCUUCCCAAAGUUUACAUCGAGGGCGUUGAUUACCUUGGCAAUCUACCUGAAGAUGCCAAGCAGCGAGUGUUGGCCUUGGCUCCACCAGAAAAAAUACCUCUUUUGACUGAAAAGGAAGAAGAGCAAAUGGAUGAAGAUGUUCCGGUCCGUUAUUCUUCAUCCAAAUGA